AUGCAGGAAAAAUUCGAGCCACUAAGGAAUGAUCUGUUGUUGAGGGCCGCUCGAGGCGAGAAGGUGGAGCGUCCUCCUAUUUGGGUAAUGCGACAAGCUGGUCGCUACCUUCCCGAGUACCACGAGGCCAAAGGCAACCGUGAUUUUUUCGAAUGCUGCCGCACACCAGAGAUCGCUUCGACCCUUACUCUCCAACCCGUUGAACGCUACGAGGGUCUCAUAGAUGCCGCGAUCAUCUUCUCCGAUAUUCUUGUCAUCCCGCAGGCCAUGGGAAUGGUGGUUGAGAUGGUGGAUAAGAAGGGCCCGCACUUCCCCGAGCCUCUCAAGUCGCCAACAGACGGCCAGUAUGAGAAGGUUAUGGCUAAGAAGGUCGAUGUUAAGGCAGAGUUGGACUACGUUUAUAGCGCCAUCACCCUCACUCGUCUGAAACUUCAGGGUCGUGUGCCCCUGAUUGGCUUCUGUGGUGCCCCGUGGACCCUGCUGUGCUACAUGGUCGAGGGCGGUGGUAGCAAGCUCUUUGUUCAGUCCAAGACCUGGGUCUAUAAGUACCCUAAGGAGGCGCAGGCAUUGCUGCAGAAGAUCGCAGAUAUUUGUGUUGAGUACCUGGCUUUGCAGGUGGCCGCUGGUGCCCAGCUGGUGCAGGUCUUCGACUCUUGGGCAGGUGAGCUAUCUCCAGACUCGUUUGCCUCGUUCUCCCUGCCCUACCUCCGCCAUAUCUCUGCGAACCUCCCCAAGAGACUACAGGAGAUGGGCCUGGAGCCUGUUCCUAUGACUGUUUUCGCUAAGGGUGCUUGGUACGCCCUUGACGACCUGUGCCAGUCGGGUUACAAUGUCGUGGGCUUGGAUUGGCUGCACGACCCUGCUGAGGCUAUGCGCAUCGCGAAUGGCCGUGUCACUAUCCAGGGUAAUGCUGAUCCUGGUAUGCUCUAUGGUGGCCGUUCUGCCAUCACCGAUACGGCGGAGAAAUUGGUCGCCGGAUUCAAGAAGGGCAAGCAAGGUUGGAUUUGUAACCUUGGACACGGUAUCACCCCAUUCGUCAACCCCGACGAUCUCAAGUUCUUCUUCGAGGAAAUCCACCGCCUCACUGUAUAA